AUGAUACAGGAUUAUGAGGUCACGCGAAAAUUAUGGGAUGGACGUAUUCCGGUGCAAUUUGUUCUUGAUAAACUGGAAUUCAUCCAGUGCUCAGCCAAACCUUUCUGUAUUAUGGUUCCAGGCAUGAGUUAUUUCCCUCUUAUUUUACCACGGGUGUUACAAUACUUUGUAGCUGUUGUUGAUCAUUUUGAUGCAGAUUCAGUGUGGUUACGGUAUAACACUAAACCACUAAAAUGGCAUUAUCCAGUAGGUGUUUUGUUUGAUUUAUUGAAAGCAGAUGAUCUUUUGCCGUGGACUAUUGUGCUAAAAACCAAGGACUCCCCUAAGGAAGUGAUGCGAUUCAAGGGCAACGACUUAGAGAGUUCAUAUAUCCAAUCAGUUAAGGAAGCAGAUCAACUAAAGCACAAAGCUAGAGUGGUCAAUUCAAUGAAAGUUGAUGAACAUCGGCAAUUGUGGAGCAGUAUACUGCAUGACAAAUUUGAUGAAUUUUGGGCUAUAAAUAAGAAACUAAUGGAAGUAAGUGAAAGUGAACCUAUGCUACAUGUUCCUAUUCGCGUUUACCAGGUCGACUGUUCUUUUCUACAACCGUUAAUUACGCCUUAUGACGAGUCAAAUCGAGCACGUACGAUUGCUGAUGUACUCAAAGCUGUAAAUAUUGAAACUCAAUCACCCGUGAUCUCUCAUGGCAUUAAAAUACCCCUGACAACCCCUCUUAUUUGGAUGGUACAAAAUCUUUCAUAUCUUGAUAAUUUUGUUCAUAUUAUUGUAUUUCCAGCUUCAGUAUAG